AAAUUGAUUCCAAUAUGGUGGACGUGUCAACAUAUUUGGGUCUUUCGUGUCUACAAGUUAUUGUGAAACGUUGUUCCCCAAUAUUCUGAAGUAAAACCCAGAAACAUGGAGUUUUGUUAUUGAAUUAUUCCCUGAUGUCAUCUUGGGCCGGAUUCACAGACGAGGAGCUCCUCCGGCUAAGACAGACUGCAGGAGAAGAUGGGACAGCUCUAGGAAGCCUUAGAAAGUCAGCGAUAAACACUGCAAAACGACAACGACCUCGUGAGAAAGUACGAUCAAGAGGUACAUCUUCAGGGAAACUAGAUUCCGGGAAGAAAGAAGGAAAUGAAGACCAGGGCGCGAGAGAUUGCGCUCAGUUUGCGCCGCAGAACACAAGCUCCAAAUCUUACAGUGGUCGCUCAACUUCGCGACUUGAUUCCAGGGAAGAAGAAAAGGAAAAUUCUUCUCCAGAGUGUGAAAGGCGGGGAAAAAGUGUAAGCCAAGUGAAAGAAAGGAAUUCUCUCUCUGAAGAAUCGUCUUUAGAGAACAAGUCUCUGAAGAACGCCAAUGAUCAACAAGGAAAAGCUUUCGAGGUGGAUGAUGGCCAUCAAGAGCAAAGCGGUAUACUUACGGAUAAAGAGGUGGAAAUCGAUCUCCCUAAUAUAAUCGACGAGAAUGAUAGAAUACAAGCAAUUGAAUUGUCAGCUUUGGAAAAGAUGCAAGAAAAACAGAAACAGAUUGAACAGGAAAAUAAAAGAAAGAAAGCAGCUCUACAGGAAACAAUAAAGAAAAGAUAUCAGAAAACCCAAGCAGAAGCACACACUCUUAGUUUAGUUCAGAAAGAGUUGAGCCAUCUUGACAGUCUACUGUCUGCUGAUGUAGCUAUUCUUCGAGACAAGAUAGAGGAGAGCAGUAGAGAUUUCCUUAGUGCACAAAAGAGGUACGAAAAGGCAGAAAAAGAGUUUGUGGAGGCGAAGAUGGAUUUACACAGAAAAACGGAAAGGAAAGAUUUGCUAACAGAGCACCUGUAUACCAUUAUUAGAGAAAAUGAAUUAAGAAAGGCAAAAAAACUCGAAGAACUCAUGGUAAAGCUUAAUGUCGGGAACGAUUUUGGCUUUUCAGCACAAAAUGAGGGUGAUGAAGCCAUUAUGGAACAGAACAAUUCAGAAAUUCCUGUACUAUCAGAGGAUAAUGCGAGAAGAGAGAUUCCAGAAUCGAAUUCAGGUUCGGCUUUACAUCCAUGUCAUGCAGUGGAAGACAAAACUCCUAUCGAACAGACUGAAGUUGACAUGGCAAAACAGAAAAUGUUGUCUGAAGCGGUUUCAGAAAAAGAAGUUACAGUUCCGACCUGAUUAAGCUUCCCUUUACUUUAGACAAACAUUUCAAAAAUUUAGGACCGGAAGUGACAAUCAUGACUCCAGGUGAACUACUUGGAUAUCGUGCUGGCUGACACUUCUUAGAUACCGAGUGAACCUCAUGAAAUGCCAAAAAAUCAGCAGAAUUCGUUGGAAGACUUGAUUUUAUAGCUUAACUUCUCAAUGGAACGUAGUUUUAUAUACUCCGCAUUAGAGGAGUCAUUCACCGUUCAGUUUUUUUAGCUGAAUCUCUUCUGGGAAAUAAACGUUGUAAAUUAC